UAUACCGCCCUUCUCCCUGAGGACUCAGGGCGGUGUACAGCCAGAAUUAAAAAACAUAAAAUACAAAUAUUUGAAGCUGGUUUCGUUUCACCUUUUUGCGCUCUCGGUGGAUUUGGGGCCUUAACUGACAGGUGAUCGGGAAUUGAACUAGGAAGGUCCUUGAGUAUCUUCUUCUGUCUUGGGGCUGAAAAACAGGAAGGGGGGGGAGGCAAGUUUAGCCAAGAAGUUUUUGGAGAACUUUAGAAGGGAGCGCCAACCCAACCGUCCCGCAGAGUAGAGCUCACGAUUAUUAGGAAAUCCAUCCUCGCUGAGAUCUAGUAGGAUGAAGAGGCAGGAUUUAUUUAUUUUUUUUUGCCAAGGUCAGCUCUUUGCUCACCUGUCGAACAAGGCCGGUCUUCCCCUCCCCCUUUCUCAAGCCUAACCACCUUGCAAAAGGUGACUAAUAGUAUAGACUCUGGACGUGAGCUGGCCUCAGCAAUGCCUGUCAUUGUGGUUUUUGGUGUCUUUGCUUCUAAAAAUGUGACCUUCGCUUUUGUGUGUGUGUGUGUGUGCGUGUGUUGGGGAGGAGGAGGAGGAGGGGGAGGCCCCGAAGUGGGUUGGGCUGCUUUUUCUGAGAAUGUUCCGGUGGCCCCAGGUGGGACCUGCACGUUAACUUCCUGCGUGUGUGACUUUCUCUGCACACUAAGAUGGGAGGCCGGUGAACUUGGGAAGGGAGAAAGGAGAAAAAUUUGGGAGGCAGGGAGGGGUGUAUAGGUAGUCCUCGACUUAACGACGGUUCAUUUAGUGACCGUUCCAAGGUUGCUGAAAAAAAGUGACAUACCUGUUUUUCAACAGUUCAAAUCUCAGUAGCAUCCCCAUGAUCAAAAUUCAGAUGCUUUGACAACGGGUUCUCAGACUUACGACCGUUGCAGCGUCCCCGGGGUCCUGCGAUCCCUCUUUGCGACCUUCUGACAGGCAAAGUCACUGAGGAAACCAGAUUCACUCUCAACCACUAACUUAAAAACUCUUCUGGCAACUGACUCCUAUUUAUGACCGUUGCUGUGCCCCCAGGAUCACGCGAUCCCCCGUUGCGACCUUGUCACUGGGGGGGGGGACCCAGAUUCACUCAACAACCGGGUUACUAAUUUAUCCACUGCGACUGUGGCCAGAGAAGUCGUAAAGCGAGGUAAAACUCACUUAAAUGCCUCGCUUAACAACGUACAUUUUAGUGCUCCUUGCUGGUCGUAGGUUGAGGACUUACCUGUAGAAGUAACUUGGCAAGAUUUUGUGCUGGAAGAGCGGGAGAUAAUUUAUGCCUUUCCAAAUUCCUCGUCCCGCCCUUUGACUCACAGGAGAAUUAAUUGCAGAGCAUGACUAAUUGCAAUGCAAAUAGACAGGUGUCACCUGAGUUACAGCUUGGGAAAAACUGGUCGGGAGACAUUUUGGGAAAAGAAGGUUGAAAAAGCCAGAAACACGGGAUGGGCGUGACAGUUUUCCGGGCUUCCGGUUUUCUUUUCCUGCCUCCAGAAGGAAACCCGAAUGUUCCUUUUUAAAGGCCGCAGGGAUGGGCAGUCCUCAAAUUAACGGCCGCGAUUCAGCCCGGAGUUUAUGUUGCUAAGUGAGAAAUCUGUUAAAGGGAGCCCAUUUUUCUCGCCACGUUUCUUAAGUUGAAUUCGCUUGGGUUUAUGGAUCGGCCCAUCGGCCGUAUCAAAAUACAGAGUUCCGAACACAAACGAUUUACUAAAAAUCCUAUAAAAACAAUUUAAAAUGCAAUUGGAAGAAAAUACAAUAAUUAUACUUACCCUGUUUCCCCCCAAAAUAAGACCUAAUUGGAAAAUAAGCCCUAGCAUGAUUUUUCAGGAUGCUCGUAAUAUAAGCCCCCAAAAUAAACCCCAGUUAAGAUGAUCAAGCCAGACAGUCGCAUUUAGUACCGUAUUUUCCUCAAAAUAAGACCUAACCGGAAAAUAAGCCCUAAUGCGUCUUUUGGAGCAAAAAUUAAUAUAAGACCCGGUCUUAUUUUGAGGUGGUAUGUAUUUAUUGUGCCUCUGCUUUGCUGGUUGAUCGUUUGAUGGAUGAAAAGUGGGAGAUACAGCUAGUGCUUGACUUACGACCGUUCGUUUAGUGACCAAAGUUGCAACGCCACUGAAAAAAGUGACUUAUGACUGUUUUUCAUACUUAACGACCGUUUCAGCAGCCCCAUGGUCAGGGGAUCAAAAUUCAGACACUUGGCUGGUUCGUAUUUAUGACCGUUGGCAGAGUCACGUGAUCUGCUUUUUGUGACCUCCUGGGGAAAUCCAGAUUCACUUCACAGCCGGUCUUACUAGCUGAAACAAUUGCGGCGAUUCGCUUAGCGGCUGUGGUGAGAAAGGUCGUAAAAUGGGGCAAAACUCAAUGUCUUGAUUAGCGACGGAAAUUUGGGGCUCCGUUGAGGCCAUAAGUUGAGAGCUACCUGUAUUCUUUGUAGAAGUUGUUUUAGGUCCUCAAAUCCCUUCUCUUUUGAGUUUGGGAAUGAUGAGUUCCGAAUUGUGGAGCAGGAAUAUAAAAAGAAUCUUAAGGAUAAUAAUAUAAUAAUAUAAUAAGCCAUACCAGCUGUAUGGAGCCUUGGCAUCUCCCUGAAUGUUAAUAUUCAUUCAUUCAUUCAUUUUCAUUCAUUCAUUCAUUCAUUCAUUCAUUCAUUCAUUCAUUCCUGGUAUGCUGCCUUCACUUUGGCACCAUUAACAAGAAUAACGAGAUGGAAGGCACCUUAAAGGUCUUCUAGUCCAGCCCUCUGCUCAAACAGAACUGUCACUGUCUGAACCAAUGGGUUGUCCGAUCUCUUCUUAAAUUAUGCUGGCCGAAUGGGGCUUGAGGUUGGAAGCAAGAACAGACUUUUCCAGUCGACGAGAGAAGGGAACCUCCCUUGUUGCCUGGGAAGAUUAAAUAAAUAUUCUGCUCGCGGUACGAGACCAUGCUUUGCUCAGUUUUGCUUGGCAACUGCCACCUGCAGUGGCUCUGCUCAGUCUUGUAUGGACUGUGUGGUCCUUGCCUGCAGCCAUGGGGAAGAUGCUAUCCAAGAUCUUUGGUAACAAGGAGAUGAGGAUUUUGAUGUUGGGCUUAGAUGCCGCCGGCAAGACCACCAUCCUCUACAAGCUGAAGUUGGGCCAGCCCGUCACCACCAUCCCCACCGUAGGUUUCAACGUGGAGACGGUGACCUACAAGAACGUCAAAUUCAACGUUUGGGACGUGGGAGGUCAGGACAAGAUCCGGCCUCUCUGGAGACACUACUAUACCGGCACCCAAGGGUUGAUCUUUGUGGUGGACUGCGCCGAUCGGGAUCGGAUCGACGAAGGCCGGCAAGAGCUUCACCGCAUCAUCAACGACCGGGAGAUGAGGGACGCCAUCAUCCUGGUCUUUGCCAACAAGCAGGACCUCCCGGACGCCAUGAAACCUCACGAGAUCCAGGAGAAACUGGGGCUCACUCGCAUUAGGGACAGGAAUUGGUACGUCCAGCCGUCGUGCGCGACAUCGGGAGAAGGACUCUAUGAAGGCUUAAUGUGGCUUACCUCUAACUACAAAUCGUAAUUCUGGAAGCCGGAGAGCUAACUCGAUAACGGGCGCACGCAACCUCCCUAACCGACGAGUUCUUCAAAUCUUAUCUUCCAUCUGUCCCCUCCCCCCCCUCUUCAGCUCUUCUCCAACUCCUGGCAGAAGCCUCACCAUCAAACGUCGAGGCCUGGAAGAUCUCGUUGCUUCUCUUUCUCUCUCUCUCUCUCUCUCUCGGAAGAUGCCUUGAUUUCUGCGGAUGGAAAAGUGGAGGGGAGGUGGGGGGGGGUCCUUUGGCCCCUCCCCAUCCCAUUGAUCCAUAGCUACCUGCCUGCACCCCUUUGGAACAUUCCCCGCCCCCCCCUCCUCAAGCCCUCCGAACUCAGGUGUCUUCCGAAUGAGUUGAGUCUAAGCCAAAGGUGAAGACCCUCGUGAAGAGCGUUGGCUGGGACCAGUUCCAGGAGCUCUGUGUUGACUUGGGGGUGGUCCCGUCCUCCCCCGCCCACCUUUUAAAGGUGGGGAAGCUUGGCACUUCCAAGGAACUUGAGUUUGCUCCGCCGUGGCCUCUUGGAAGCCAAUCCUCCCGCUUGGGCACACCAGGUUGGCAGAGUAGACCCCGCCAAGCUUCCGAAGGUGCUGCGUUAGCAGGCUAAGCUUUUGGUGGGGAUGGGGAGUCUCGGUGGGACGGUUCGCUUCCUCAGGUUGCCUCUUCCAGUGUCUCUGCCGGAAACGCCCUGCCCUCGCCUUGUCUCGCCUCGCCUCUCUCCUGACCUGUUCCACCUGCUUGGGAAGAGACAAGGGCAGGCAUGCCUAGCGCCCGACCGAACCCGUUUGCCCGCUGCCAGGAGGGAGUGGAACGGAAGCCUCCGUGCUUUGGUGGCUGUCUUAUCUCCAAAUUCCUGCCUACGGCUCUGUGGAGGGUCCCUUCCCUCCUGUAAACAAGGGACAUUCACAACUCAAGUUGGGACCACAACGGGGGUGUCCGUCACAUUCCUUGACCGGCUCUUUCACGAAUUCAAACUCGGUAUUGCCCCCUCUCCGAGAGAAAACUUUCCCUCCUGCCAUGGCCGUCUUCGGUCCACGAUCCUUAGGAUGCCACCCUGUUUCCACAGCUGGCAGCACGAUGGAGCUCAACCUGGUGAAUCGAAGCAAGGGCCCAUCCUUGGAAAUGUUUACCUGUCUUUGCUCGAGGGGCGUGGGACAUUGUUUCUUGAGAACAAAAUGUGCUUUUUCUGGUUCAGUUCCAAGCGGUGGGUAUAAAUCCUCUUUUUUUAAAAAAAAAAAAAUUGUACUGAUACGAUCCAUUAUUGGGGGGAGGGGCAUAGAUCUCGUUUCCAGCACCUUAGAUUGUGUGGCCUUCAGCACAGAUCAGUGGGUUGUUGUUGUUUUUUUUAGCUGUGGCCCCUUUAAGAUAGGUGGACUUCAACUCCCAGAAUCCCAGGAGGUUCUGGGAAUCCUGGGAGUUGCAGUCCAUCCAGUUUAAAGGGGCCACGGUUGAGAAACACUGGCAUAGACCAAAGAGGAGGAUUUUGCCAGGAGGCUCUAAGGAUGGUGGGGCGGCGGGGGGGGGGUAUAAGUCCCUCUCCCCUCUGAUUUCAGCCCUUUCCAGUUGCUAACCCCCUCCCUCCCCCAAUUCCUCCUGCUUACUUGCUCACUCACUCGCUUUUUAAAUCCUAUUUAAGCAAUGGCCAAUUUGAAGUGCUGGAACCAUCGGGCUGAAUCUCUCCUUGCCUCCUCUCCUUAAGCAGUUUUUAAAUUUCUCUUUCCCUUAAAAAAACAAAAACAAAACUCUCUAUUUUAAUAUGAGGGCUUAUGGACCCCCAAAUGAGUCCACCGAGGAAUUGGGGGAGCAUCGCAAGUUGUCUGCGACGCAGAGAGACUUCCUUGCCCCCUCCUCUAAUUUUCAAGCAUGUCUUGACGCACGGAAGGGGGCUUGCGACGUCUCUUUUUAAUCCCGCCCCUCCAUUUAAUUCAGCUUUUCUCGUCCCUGGCCAUUGUAAGAUGCACGAUUCUCAUCCGAAUCCUUGAAACUCGUAUUCUGACCAGCUUGGGAAGACCUUGUGGGGAAGAGAAAAACCUGGAAUGAGAAAGGAGAAGGAAGAAUUGAUUUUUCCUUCUGCUAGAGAACCGUGGUUGUGCUAACCCUGGAGGGAGGGGGGGAAAAAUCAGAUUGCAUUUUCUGUCUGCAGUUUCCACUGCGGCUUGCACUCUGGGUGUGAUCUGGAUCAGAUGUGACUCAACGGGGAGAGCCUCUCGGUUGCGCUGAGCCAGCGUAAAAUGUUCUCUUCAGCCGUCUCCCUGUCCCUCCCCUCAGCUGAGCUCUUUCCGGAUUUCAAAAAGUGCAGGAAUAAUCCUCACAAGGAUGUCUUGUAGCUUACAGUAAAAAAAAAAAAAAAAAAGUUAGAUGGAGGCCAAAAUAGUGUAAUCUAAACUCCACCUGUUUUUUUUAAAUAUAUUUAAAUUAAAUAUAUUAAAUUAAAAAUAAAAUAAAAAUUUCAAUGUUUUAAAAAGUCAGGCAGGAAAGGUUGAUUGUGUGGUUUGGGAGGCCAUUUUGACUUUUUUGACCUGCAGAGGCUCCUGAAAGCUGGAAUUCUUUCCCCCCCCUCCACCUUCUUUCUCCAACAUUUGGAGGGAGAGCGCAUGAAGGAGUUGUUUGAUCUUUAUUUCUUUUCCGACUGUUUCUUUCCAAGCUCACAGUUUCAUUCGCCGGGUGAGAGUAUUCAGAAAUAUAUUUUGAUCUGGAGAACCUGUAGCAGAGUUGUGUUAAAAGUUGUGUGCACGCAAUGCAAAGCCCUCCAAAACGCCUUUUCGGUGUUUCUUUUCCUUGGCGACUUGAAGAUAGGGGUGGACUUCCGACUCCCAGAAUACCCUCACCAAAAUGGCCGGCAGGGGAAUUCUGGGAGUUGAAGUUCUACCUAGAUCUUCAAGCUGAUUUAUGCCAUCCAGAGAAUUGGUAGGGCAGGACAUUCAGCCUGGAGAGAUUUAUUGGGGCAGGGGAGUCCCCGGGUUCUGCUCCUCCGUCCCCUUCCUUCUGAUGUGUGUGUGUGGGGGGGGUCCCUCCCCACCUCUCUCUCUCUCCAGCUUUCUUCCAAAAUAAACUUUCAUGCCGUGAUGCCAUCUUCCGCAGCUUACGUACCCAUGGUGCGUCUCAACAUUUUGGAAAGAAAAUCUUAUUUGGGCCUCUGGACGUGCAUCAUGUACGUUGCCUUAAGGCUUCAGGACUACCCUCCCCAUCAGUCCCCAUCUAGCAGUGGAACAGAUGGGAUUCAUAGUCCCCCCCGUCCCUCCCUCUCUCUAGGGUGCCCAGAAAGGCGAGGCUGGAGGGGGAGAGAGGCAUCCAAAUUUAAGGGAAGGGGGCUACGACAUGCUUUAAUGUGUGGCUCCCAAACUCAGCAUGUACCGCCGUAGCUGGCGUGUGGGAACCGUCUUGGUCUGAAAAUGGGGUUUCCUCCUACUAGUGUCUUUCCUUGGUUGGGAAUGCUGGGUUUUGUAGUCCUAAUCUGUCUGACAGGUUGGGAGUGGCGGGGUAUAAUAUUCUGAAGGCACUUAAAUCCUCAACCCUGCCCUGAAAUCUUUAGUGGCCUUUUUUCCUUCAUUGCUUGUCAUUUUUUCCUGUCUUGUGGUGGAAUCAUUCCCCCCAAAAAAUCACUCAUCAAAUCCAGACACAAAUCCAGACAAAUCCAGAUGGUUAUUAUUCCCCCCCCUCCCCACCUCCAAAAAAGCCUGUUGAUGGUCAGAGAAUGAUCCGUGUGAAAAUAACUCAUUUUUUUCCUUCCCCCCCAUGCCUUCCAUAAAGGCUGUCACAAUUAAAGGAAAAACAAGGUACUUUUUCUGUAACUUAAAAACUGCAGCUGGGGAACUUGAAUACGCUGAUCUGUUUCGAGGGUUUAAAAUUAAAGGGGUAUUUUUGUUUUUCGUUCCCCUGAAUUAAAAAUGAAGGGUGUGUUUAUUGGAUGCUCAGCUGCACAUACAAAUGUACUGUACAUUUAUUGCUGGAAUUUCUUUAGAAUCUGGGUUUUUUUGGGGGGGGGGGCUAGGGUGCGGGAAGGGCGGUGUUCACACGUUCCUGGUGGCUAUAUGAGUGCCUGGGGUGGGAACCCCCUGUUACAAACAAGGGCUCACUGUUUUGUUUUUUGUUUUUUAAAAAAUAAACGAUUUUCAAAUCUUCAUGAAAAA